AUGGGUUCACAGAAGAUAGCCGAAGGUGGCCUCGAAGCGAGAGAUGUCGAGUUGGGAAUUAGCACCGAACAUUCCAAAACCAAUCAAGAGAAGACGAAUCCUGGUGAUAGCGACAACAACAAAAUUGAUACUACUCCCUCAGGGAGCCAUCAAAACGAUGAUGGCAAUGAGGUCUCCAAACCCUCACCUUUGAGCGGAUGGCCUUUCUACAUUUCAAUGGCUUCUAUUACCUUAGGUGUUCUCUUGAUGGCUUUCAAUGCUACCGCCGUAUCAACUGCAAUUCCCGCGAUUACUUCCGAAUUUAAUACCGUGGAUGAUGUUGGAUGGUACUCUUCGGCAUACUUGAUAACCAACUGUGUUAUGAUUCCAUUCGUCGGGAAAUUGUAUAGAUCGUUUCGGAUCAAACUCGUGUUUAUCACCUUCGUGGCCAUCUUCGAACUCGGAUCUUUACUCGCUGCUCUAUCGACAUCUUCUAAGAUGCUCAUCGUCGCAAGAGCGAUUAGUGGUAUAGGAGGUUCUGGUAUUCUGAACGGUGGAUCUACCAUGGUCGCAGCCUCCGUUCCGAUAGCGAAACGAUCCUUUCUGAAUGGUAUUAUACUUGGCUGUUUUGCCGUGGGCCAGGCUAUCGGUCCUCUAAUCGGUGGCGCUCUAACGCAGGGAAUAACGUGGCGUUGGUGUUUUUAUAUUAAUCUUCCAGUAGGCGGUCUGGUUAUCUUUCUAUUCGUCUUCGUAGUCAGACUGCCGGUGUCAAGGCUUACCGAAAAACGAACAAGUCUAAUAGGGCGUGUCCUUGAAAUCGAUUUUGUCGGCUUCGUCUUUUUCGCCGCGGCGUCCCUGAUGUUCUUGAUAGGUGUCCAAUGGGGCGGUACCCAAUAUCCUUGGAAUUCGGCGACGGUUAUAGGGCUGAUGUGCGGUGGUGUGGCGACUUUCGGGGUCUUAGGAUUUUGGCUUGCCCAUAAAGGAGAGGCGGCAUUAUUACCACCCCGGCUAUUGCGCAAUCGUAUCAACAUAAUGAUUACCAUUACGUCGUUCGUGCAGAGCGGAGGAACCAUUACUUCUUUGUAUUGGCUACCCGUAUGGUUUCAGGCUAUCAAGGGUGCCAAUGCAUUGCGAAGUGGUGUAAUGAUUCUUCCCCUAAUACUAUCUCAACUUGUUGCAUCGGUGGUAUCUGGGGCCCUCGUCCAGAAGACAGGUUAUUAUCUACCAGAGACGAUUGGAGGUAACGCACUAGUAGCCAUCGGGGCUGGUUUGACAUCGACAUUUUCUCCGAAUACCUCGGAAGGAGAGAUAAUAGGAUACCAAAUUCUCCUAGGAGCGGGUCGAGGCUUCGUAUUACAGCAGCUUGUGACUGCUAUGCAGGCCAACGUCCCUAAAGCAGAUGCGUCGAUAGCGACAGCAUAUGCUAUGUUCUCGCAAUUACUCGGUAGUGCGAUCUUUUCGGCUCUGGCGAAGACCGUCUUUACGGCUUCAAUAGCAAAAGCUCUUCAGAAAUUUGCUCCAAGUAUUGACCCAAACUUGCUGAUCGAUAACGGCGUAACGGAUAUAGCCAAGGUAAUUCCACCGGAUCAAUUGCAAGGAGCUCUCUUAGCUUACAAUGAAGCGAUUAACUACGUAUUCUAUCUUCAACUUGCAGCGGCAUGCUGUGCAUUUGUAAGUAGCUGGGGUAUGGGAUGGAAAAAUCUAAAGCACGUCAAACAAGAGCAAGAAAAUGAGGUGAAGAAUGAUGCCGGGGUAGCGACACCAAGAACCGAUGCGAAAGAAGAAUCAUAA